CACUUUUGUAGGAACAAACUUGGCGAACGCUUGUGGUUAUUUUUUUAUGGAGUAAGUAGUGUCUUAUUUAGUCUUGAUAAGUUAUAAAUUGUUUAUGAUAUUCUUGUUAUUCUUAUAAUUAUGACUCUUGCUUUUUGUUUAAGAAACAGUUUCACUUGUUUGCUGCAGGACAAUGAUAAGAGGUUCAACCGACCAGCCAACUAGUAGGACGUUACGCUACACCAGGUUUGAUAGAAGGGCUUCUUUCCAACUGUCUCUCCUUUUCCUGACUCCUGUAUCUCUCGCUCUUACAAUCAACUGCUGUGUGCGCGCUUCGCAUUGUUGACCAUUUUAUGUAGGAGAACGAUCAAACGCUAUUCUCCUUUUCCGAAACGAAUUUCAAAAUGUGCCUUAUUUUUUUACCGUUUUCCUCCUUUUCUCCUUAUAUUCUCUUACCCUCGCUCAUUGCAUUGUUUUACGCCGUAUUUGAUUAGAUAAAUCCUUUCUCCUUGCGCUUCUUCUGAUACCCAUGAAGGCGAUCUAAUCUAGGGGGUAAUAGAUAAGGAAAUGUAGAUUACUUACUCUUGACGUUGCAACCCUCUGUAUUCCACAAAACCUUUAUCUGGAGAAGCAAACAAGAUGUCCUUCUAUCGCCGUUAAAAUGGAGAGAUGAGUCCAACAAGAGACUCGUUUGGGGCUUUUGUUCUUUCUGCCGUUUAAGUAUAAAUUACGAGGCUUAUCGCUGACUUUCGAGGGUUCUUCCUGUCUUCCUGCCUUUCCCUUGCUUUGUGUCCAACUUGGGGCUCAAAAAAGAUCCUUUAACGCAUUGUUUCGUUGAUUGAAAAAGUUGUGACUCUUUGGUAGCUCAUCGUACAUCUUGGAUAACUCUUGAAAUCGAAAACAACUGAAUUGGAAUAACUUUCGAAUUGAAGAGCUUGGUCUAUACUGUCUGUCUUUCUAACUGGGAGUUGAUUUGGAAACAUCAUUAAAUUUCCAUCUUUCGUCUCUUUCUCGUUGGUCCCUUCGUAGCCAAACCAUCUUUAUAUAGUCAAAACGCUUACAACAAAAGAAAUCAUCAAAAGAGCAAGUCAUCAUAGGUUUCUCAAUCUUAUUUAUCAAAGCUAUUUUUAUCAGGUCUUUCAUCUCCGUUGUUAAAAUUUGAUUUUGAUUUUGUUUUGUUUUUGUUUUCGUUUUUCUAUCUUAUUUAUUUCUAUUUUUCGGUUGAAUCAAAGUUGUUUUCUUUUCUAAUUUGCUCUUUUUCUUUCUCUUUGAUUACCUCGUUUUCGCUUUUCUUUCCUGUACUUUUCUUACUGACUUCUUUUUACGUUCAUCAUGUCCAACUCAUUUGCUUAUGACGAUGCAUACCCUUCUCCUCCCUCCUUUGGUCAAAAGUGUUCCAAUGCCCUCCACUCUGUCUUCACCAAAGACUUUUGGAUCGGGGAUUAUGACUAUAGUUUCUUGCUUCCUGCCAUCCCCUUUACCAGCCAAACACCAAAAAACCCUCCUUUCUUUUCCUUGAACGCCAAAACACCCGUCCUCUUAGCCCUUCUCUUGGGCUUCCAACAUGCCCUGGCCAUGAUUGGCGGCGUCACUUCCCCCCCUCGUAUCAUUGCUGCUAGUGCCAAUCUUACUAUUGAACAAACCAAUUACCUCGUCUCUGCCGGUCUCAUCAGUACUGCUCUGUUGACCCUCAUCAAUAUCGCUCGCAUCAGAAUCCCCAAAACCAAUUAUUACAUUGGCACCGGCAUGCUCUCCGUUCUUGGUAUAUCCUUUACUAGUGUCAGUGUCGCCCCUAAAAUACUCAGUCAAAUGUAUCAAAAUGGCUAUUGUCCAACCGCCUCUGACGGCACCAAGCUUCCCUGUCCUCAAGGCUAUGGUGCUUUUAUUGCUACAUGCUGCAUUUGCUCUUUGCUUGAAAUCGCCAUGUCCUUCAUCCCUUCCCGCUUCCUCAAACGCCUCUUCCCUCCCAUAGUAACUGGCCCCGUCGUUUUGUUAAUUGGUGCUUCUCUCAUCAUGACUGGUCUUGAGGAUUGGGCUGGCGGUAGUGGCUGCACGAGCCGCACCGCCAUGUGUCCUUCAAACUCUGCUCCCCAUCCGCUGUAUUGGGGUAGCGCCCAGUUCAUCGGUUUGGGAUUCAGUGUCUUUGCUACCAUCAUCAUCAUCGAGCGUUUUGGUCCUCCUCUAGUUAAGACCACUUCUGUCGUCAUUGGUCUUGUUGUCGGCAUGAUCAUUUCUGCUGCCACUCAUUACUGGGAUCGUUCUAUUAUCGAUGCUGCUCCCGUCAUCACGUUUAACUGGGUCCACACUUUCCGACUUCGCCUUUACGGCCCUGCCGUUCUUCCCAUUCUUGCUAUGUACAUUGUCAACAUGAUGGAGGCCAUUGGGGACAUUACUGCUACUUCAGACGUCUCUAUGCUGGACGUCGAUGGUCCAGAUUUUGACUCUCGAAUUCAGGGUGGUAUUCUCUGUGACGGUACAUCCUCCUUGAUAGCCGCCCUUAUGACUAUCACUCCCCUCACUACCUUCGCCCAAAAUAAUGGUGUAAUCAGCCUAACUAAGUGUGCCAAUAGAAGAGCCGGGUUUUUCUGUGCUUUCAUCUUGUUUUGCAUGGGUCUCUUUGGUAAGUUCGCUGCCGUGUUUGUGGCUAUUCCUAGUUCCGUGCUGGGAGGAAUGACUACCUUUUUGUUUUCCUCCGUCACGACCUCUGGUAUAGCCAUCAUCGCCCAAAUCCCUUUUAAUCGUCGUAAUCGCUUUAUCCUCACCGCUUCCCUAACAUUAGGUAUGGGUUCUAUAUUGGUCCCAAAUUGGUUCAGCUACUUUUUUACAUAUUCUGGAAACAACAAAGGCCUUACCGGUUUCUUGGAUGCCAUCACCCUUGUCAUGGAAAACGGAUUUGCAAUUGGUGCUUUCAUUUCUAUAUUCCUUAAUCUCAUUCUUCCUGAAGAAUUGGAUUCCGACAUGCAUAACGACAGCCCUGGUAUAUCUUCAGGUGCUACCAACGCCAUAGUUGAACUCACUGCCGUUGAGCCCGUUGAAUCCACCGUAGAUAAUAAGCAAGACUCGGAAAAGAAGAAAAGUGAGAACAAUGGAAUUACUGAAGCAUCAAUGUAAUUGGGUUUUUACACGUUACUUUCUCCCUUUUUGUGCUUUGCAAAAUAUGUUUGGAACUGAUUCCUUCUACAUUCAAUAUUGAUGGAGUUUUUUUUGUCGUUUAUAGUUUGCUUUUCUUAAUUAAUGUUCAUUUAUAUUUCCU